ACUUCCUGGUCAGCUGAUUCAGACGGAGACAGAUGAGAGGACUGUUAGCAUCCACGAUGAUUAUUUUGCAUCAUCGUCCAGCACAGCCAUUAAAAUUGAUCAGACGUUCCUGUAAAACCACUAUGAACUGCUAAAACCCUGUAUCUAUACUCGAGAACCCGUCUGAAGAAGUUCUGCGACGUGGAGCUUCCGAUCUUGUGGCAAACAGCAGACCUGUCCCGUCUCUCCUAUCUUGGCUUCUGAAAGGCCAUUUUCCCAUCGCAGUGCCAAAAAAGGAGCCAAGAAAGCCACAGUGUCAGACUUAACCGGAUUCAAUGAGGGAGCCAGACCGGGAGGAGCAGUCUGAAGACAACAUGCCCCCCAAAUUUAAACGACACCUUAACGAUGACGAGGUCACUGGAUCCAUCCGCAGUGAGAGGAGGAACCUACUGGAGGAGGACUCUGAUGAAGAGGAAGACUUUUUUCUGAGAGGGCCUACGGGACCCAGAUUUGGACCUCAGAAUGACAAAAUCAAACAGGUGCAAUCGCAGGUUGAUGAGGUGAUCGAUGUAAUGCAGGAGAAUAUCUCCAAGGUGAUAGAAAGGGGCGAACGUCUCGAUGACCUGCAGGACAAAUCAGAGAGCCUAUCAGACAACGCAUCUGCCUUCAGUAGCCGAGCCAAACAGCUGCACAGGAGGAUGUGGUGGAGAGACAUGAAGAUGAAGAUGAUCAUUGCACUGGUAGUCAUUGCUCUCCUGCUGAUUAUAAUCAUUCCAGUUAUCCUUCGAUAUCAAAAGUAACCGAUAAAGAGAUGCCCCCCCCCCCCCCACCUGCACACAGUCAUCCACUCCAGCUAAGGGGCACCAGCCAGCUCCCCACAAACCCUUCAAUGUCAGCCCAAUUACCUGCAAGGAUCAGGCCCAUAACAUGGCCCUUGGUGCAGAUCCCACAUAAAUCUGAUGUAAAAUCAGUGCCACGGGUUCGUUUGAUUCCAGCUAAAAAAUAAAAAGAAAUAAAUUCUGUGUGGGGGGAGUGAGGGAGAUACUUUGGUACAGUUUGGAGGAGAAAACUGACUCUCGGCCCUCUAGGUCAGUGCUUCCCAACCUGUUUUCCCUGAGGACCCCCAAAAGCCGUGGACCCCCCAGUUUCAUGUUUUCAUUAGCUGGCUUCUCACCAUAAUUAAUGUAUUCUGGCUUUCUCCUUUCACUUGUUAAAACCAAAGUUAAGGUAAUUAUCACCAUAAAUAAGUCUAGUCUGCACAUCGGAAGCUGCUUCUUUAAAAGUUUAAUGUGUGUUACAUUUCGGUCAUCUUCAGAUAAGUCAAGACACCCGAAACGUAACAUUUAACUUUUUAAGGAGCAACUUCUGGUGUGCGUACUAGAACUAUUUAUCUGAUAUCACCGUUUUGGUCUGGCACCCAGCAUUACCCUUCUGGGAUGUGCGUGUUAUCCUUACCCAUUUUUGAAUUAUAAACAUAUAGCCUUUUUUUUUUUCUUUUCUUUUUCUUCAAAAUGAGGACGAAUCAUCUGCACUGUGGCAUUUCUCAGACAUGUCUCGCUAAUAAAAUGGUGCAGAGUUACUGUUUUUUGCUCCCAAAACACUGAUUCCAUGUGAAUGAAACACCCAAAUGAUAAAAACUUAGCAAAUACACCACAGGUCGUCUCUGUGUGGACAUGGCCUUAAUUUAAAUCACUCUGGCUCUGAACAGUCAAAGCCUCGGGGACCCCCUUGUGCUCUUUUGGAGAGCCCUUUGGGGGUCCAGGGACCCCAGGUUGGGAACCACCCCUAUAGCUAAUGGGAAGAGUGCUCCAUUUCAUGAUACAUAUCACGUGUAAGGCCCUCAGUAACAGGCCCUGCAUGUUACAUUAUAAAGAAAAAUAGUGGAAGAGCAGGGAAUCCAGCCGUCUGUCUCUGGUUAGCAGGUGAGAAUCUGCUGCAGCAGCCUCAUUUUAAAGGGGCUCUAACGUCCUGCAGAUGAACCUCUGAUGUCUAUUCAUGAUUCCUCUCAUGUGUACUUGCUCUCAAGCGUAGAGGAUGUUCAUGUUUAAAGGGAAUACUUUUCAAAUGAAAGCACAUUUUUUUUCCACCAGCCUGAGGGGAGGCGGCAUCUUAGCUUCAUCUGCAUUUAAAAAAAAAAAAAAAAAAGUUUUUCGAUCAUCAAAAAGUUUUUUUUUUUUUACCACUUGUCAGUUAUUUUUCCUUUUUAGGAAGAAUGGUUAGCAGAGUUAUUUUUCAUGUGCAUGUGCAACAACCUGUUCUUAGCAUAAAGCACCACAGAAGAAACAAGUCAAACCAAAACACCCAGAUUAUGAAUGUCUCAUCACUCUGUACUCUGAUGCCCUGAACUGCUUUGGUUCAGCUUUCCUGCUGAAAAUGGUUCGGUUUGGUUUAAAUGCUGCUUCUAAUUUUUUUUCCCAAUGAAUUUGAAGUUCUUAUUUCUGCUCCAUAUGAUGCUUUGUAUGACUGCUGGUAUUUUCCUCUGAGGGGGCAGUUUAUCUCUCUGUACUGGUUAUAUUUGAAGGGAUGGAUCUUAUGUGAUGCAAGUCAAAAACUCUGCUCUGAAAUAAGCAUUGGUGUAAUUGUGACUGGAUUAACUCUACAUUGUAAUUUGAAUAUUUUUGUGUAACUUAUUCUAGCUGUAAAUAUUGAUUCUGUAAUGAAGAUGAUGUACAUUACUGGCAUUGCAUUGAGGAGGGAUCCUUUUUGCUCUGAAAUAAAGUGAUUUGAAAGGGCA